AUGUGCGACAACGUCCGGGCGACCAGGUUUCGAUCGAAUGUCUUGUCGACUGCUGCAUCGCAUCAGAGCCUCACCCAAAAUGAGUGCAGAUCCAUCUGCCCGUUCCGGUGCGACGACGAUAGAGAAGGAGAACGCGGGAGGCGUCGCCUGUCGAGCCCUUGCAGCUUGGUGAGAGAAGGGACACGCUUCCUGUCCUCGACGAGACGUGCGGCAACAGUCGUCUCACAAAUUCUCAAAGCACUCGGUCGUGUGGCUUGUAGCGACCGGAAGAUUGAUGUGUCGGUGCUCACACCAUGCGCCAAAACUGCUGCUUUGGCGUGUCAGAGCUUCAACUCGCAAUGGCCCGUGAAUCACAUCGAGCGGGAAAAGAUCAUGGUGAAACGAGAAAAAGAAGGGUAA